GCUUCCUUUCCGUGCCUUUUCGGCGAUAAAUUCCAGGUUUCAACGCCAAAAUACCGCGGGUAAAUGCUCAAAUACGUUCUUCGUGAGCUUGAUCUGUCUAUUCUGGCGAAAGGUGGCCAGCAUCAACAACAACAGCAGCCAGUACUACAAUGCAGAUAUCUAUUGCAGCCAACACUGCUGUAACAACACAAGACAGCAGUAUGACACUAGUCAAUGCUAUAGGCGACCCAACAGAUUCAGGUAGUAACACUGGAUCUGCAGCAGUAACUAUGACAACAGAAAACAGCAUGACAACAGAGGGCAAUGCACAUUCAUCAACAGAUUCAUCCGCAGUUGUACCAACUACAGCAAACAUAACUAUGGCCACAAACAAUAUUAAUGAUGCAUCUCCAACCACAAUUCUUGCAACAGACAGCAGUACAGACUCUAUAACCACAGAUGAAACAACAGUUGUUGAGAUGACAGCAGAAGCAACCACACUCCUGGCCACUGCCAUCAGCUCAGAUUCUACAACAGAAGACAUUACAACUGUAGUAACAACCACUGCAACCACAGAUAUGACAUCCAGUCAUACAAACUCUACAACAGAUGACACUAACAUUACAACUGUAGCAACAACCACUGCAACCACAAAUAUGACAUCAUCCAGCAAUACAGACUCUGCAACAAAUGCAAUUGUAACAACGACAGCAGAAACCACAAAUAUGACAACUGGCAGCAAUAUGAACUCUACAACUGAAGGGAUGGCAGCAGUAACUACAAUAAUGACAACACCCAGCAAUAUGAACUCUACAUUGCAGACACCGACUAGUACAGCUGUAGCAACAACAAUAAAAACCCCAGCAACAACAACAGCCACUACUAUGGAAUCUAUGACUACAAUGGAUGAAACUACAGUUAAAGCAACCGGUACCAUGAUAAUGACAUCAACAAUCAACCCUGGCACUACAACAGAUGCUGUAGUGACUACAACACCAGGCACAACCACAAAACCAGCCAGUAAUACAGAAACUUCAACAUCUCCGACAACAACCACCACAACAAAAGACACCACCGAAUCCAGCACAGAUGCAACUACGCAGUCUUCUCCAGCAGUAUCUACAGACAUAGGAGUGACCACUUCAGCUACAACAGAUAAGUCAACAACUACAACUGAAUCCACAGAUGCCUCAACUCAGAAAACUACAGAAAUGCAAAGUACAAUCAGCACUGUUGACACCACAGCACAGAUGUCUACGAUAAAAACCACAGAGACACAAAAUCCAACAACUACAGAUCAUGGUGGCACUGAAACAUCAAUGAAGACCUCUACACGUGGAACCACACAGACACAAAAUUCAACUCAGAUGCCUACACCAGAGAAACAGACAACCAAUACUUCUGGCAAUCUUGGUGAUGGAGCAAUUGCUGGGAUCUCUGUUGCUGUGGUGGCAGUUGUUGCCAUAGCAGUUGGUGUGGGACUCUUCUGUUAUAGGAGACAAAGUAGUGUUGCCAAAGACAGGGACUCUUUUGCUGAUUUUGGAAAAGAUGGACGUACCAACCCUUCUUUUGUAAUGGAUGAGUAUGAUGACCAGGAAGUGAUGACCAGUAAACCAGUGAAACUGUCCAACUUUGUCCACUACCAUGCUGAGAUGAGUAAGGACUCAGAGUACCGGUAUGCUGAGGAAUAUGAGAAUCUGAAGCCAGUGGGUAAAGAACAAUCCCGGAAUGCAGCGCUGCUACCAGAGAACCUUGGCAAGAACCGCUGGACAAACAUCCAUCCGUAUGACAAUUCUCGAGUAAAGUUGGCAGCCAUCGAUGAUGUGGAAGGAUCAGAUUACAUCAACGCAUGCUACAUGCCUGGAUAUAACUCCCGGCGUGAGUUUAUCGCCUCCCAGGGUCCGUUACCGGACACGAAGGACGACUUCUGGCGGAUGGUGUGGGAACAGAACAGCAGGGUCAUCGUCAUGGUAACGCAGUGUGUGGAGAAGGGCAGGCCCAAGUGUGACCACUACUGGCCAUAUGACGAUGACCCUGUGUACUACGGUGACAUCAUUGUCCAGAUGGUGAAGGAGACAGUUCUGCCGGAGUGGACUGUCAGGGAAAUCACUAUACAGCGGGAUUCAGAAUUGAGGAAUAUUCGGCACUAUAACUUCAUGGCAUGGCCAGAUCUAGACCACGGUGUUCCUGACACGACUGCCUCUCUGUUGAAGUUUGUACGAUCUGUCCGUGGCCACAUCUCAAAGCAGGCCAUGGGACCUGUUGUUGUUCAUUGCAGCGCGGGUGUUGGAAGGACCGGUACGUUCAUCGCUCUGGACCGCCUGCUGCUGCGCAUGCGGAAACACGACUCUGUGGACAUCUACGGGAUCGUGCAUGAGAUGAGGAGACACAGGAUGUUCAUGGUGCAGACGGAGGCACAGUACAUCUUCAUCCACCAGGCCAUCGCUGACGUGCUGCUGGGGAAGGACACAGGAGAUGAUGAUGAUGACUCAGCUCAGCCUCUCUAUGAGAGUGUCAACUCUCAAGCUGGCAAGAACAGAGCUGCCAACAAGGACAUUGAUGACAGCAGUGUUUGAACCAUCUCUGCCAUUUGAGUCACUUGGAAUCAAUUAAUAUAAUGAACAA